CAAGUUGGUCGCUAAGCGACCAGUCGCAAGUAGUCGCAAAUGGUCGCUUUUCUCGAAAUGCGACCGUUUCGGGCCAGUCGCUCACUGCUCGAUUUUUCAGUCGCGCGACCGCAGUCGCAGAACAGCUGAACCAAUCAGAUGCGAAGGAACAGGACGUCCGUAUACGCAGACGCUUAUUUUACGCGGCGAUGACAUUUCAAGCAGACGUGAACGGCAUAUCGUGAUACAUUUCGGUUUAGCGACUCGUCGGUCGCAUUUGUAAGUGUGAACAUCGUUCGUCUUGAGUAGUUUUCUGGUCGCCAGUCGCAAUUGGUCGCGCGACCUCGCCUAGUCGCAAGUGUGAAUGGGCCCUAAGUCGUUUUUCGCAAACUGGCGACGUCUUUCUUACCGAGUCAAAGUAACCAUGUAAGCUAGAUGAUUGCAGUGAACGUCUGUCAUGCGUUUGGUGGUUUGUGAACCUUUAUUAGGAGAAGGAGGCUUCGCUUUCUUUCCUAAAUGUGACGCACAUAAUUACUGCCUCUUGGAGAUGCGUGGCGCACGAAAAACGUCGAAGGAAAUGCGAAACCCGAAGGACUUGCAGACUCUAUGUUGGGUGGAUGCACACUUCAUAAGAGCAAUGUUGACUCCGGAUGGCUUCAGGUGAAGUACAGUUAUGAAGAUGGGAGGGUGUUGGCCUUGCACCUAUAAAAGAGACCCACCAAGGAAGGACGUCCACCACAUUCGGCCUUCCAUAGUUGCGUAUAGAGAGGGCCGAGUGCCAGAAUACUCACGCGCAUUCUGCAAGAGAUCUACUACGAGUGCUGUUUUAGAUGCCGCAUCGUUUUAUUUGAGAGAGAGGGAAUGAUUUGUCUCGUGGAAGUAGUGGUGGCACAGCAGCGGCGGGCUAUCACGCUCGCUUGACGGCUAGCUCGUCAAAACAAGGGCGACACCAAGGCGCUCAAAGACGCAACGGCAACGCUCUUUCGCCGCUAUUUCGGAGCCACCCGCAAACCCCGGCCACCCUCGCUUCAGUAUCACGAAGGAGCCCGGGUAGGGUGGGGCACUGUAGAAAGGGGGCGAGGGGCGAUGUUGUAAUAACUGGGGGCAAAAGCCUUGAACUAGGUUGCACGCUGAAUGCCGCUGGUUGCAUUCCCGGGGCGAGGCCCUGGACGCAAACACCCUCCCGACAAACACGCUUCCCCCCUCCGCCCGACAUCUGGAGAACACACUGUUGCGCAAUCCGCGCGAGUUGCCCAGGGCGCCGACUAUCGCCUUCCCCUCCCUUUCCGCGUCGCCGUCAAGGCGCCCAAAUCGUCGCGACCAACAGGAUAUUCGAAUUAUUGCCGCUUCCGCUGGGCAGCCGGGUGAGCGUAGCCAUGAAAGUACAAAAAGUUGGUCAAAAAACAAGCCACGGCAGAGGCCGUGACGUCGCCCCAAGCUUGAUGAGUCCGUGAAAGAAAAGGGAGAGGGAGCAAAGAAGAAAAUAGCAGGCACCGGGGGUCGGCAGAGAAGACGCUAGGGCCCCGAUCUACUUCUAUGCUCUGAGGAGAGGGCCACUCGAAAGCGCCACCCAAGAGCCGCACAGGCCGCGGCGUUACAAGCGACGUGCGGGAGGAUUUACCAAGCUCGACGCUUCCUUUCUUCGGGACAACAAUCUCAGCAUGGCCCGUCCUAGGAGUGGGCUAUACUUGAAACUCGCAACCGCCGUCGCCAUUCUGCUUGCUCUAUUCCAAGCCGGAAACGCUCAGAGCAACUUAGCGAACUACGCUGGCCGUGUGGUAAACGACAUCUUCAAGCCGGAGAAGUAUGACAAGCAAGUGCGACCGGCAGGAACCAACGAGUCGACGGGUCCCGUGAUAGUCUACACCAACAUGUACGUCCGUUCUAUAGACAACAUCGAUGACAAAGAUAUGGAGUUCAGCGUGCAGCUCACGUUUCGCCAAAUGUGGAAAGACGAGAGACUCAAGUUCAACGACCUGGGCGGUCAGCUGGCGUAUGUCAUUGUGGAGAACCCUGACAAGCUAUGGCUUCCGGACCCGUUCUUUUCGAACGAGAUCAGCGGAUCCUUUCACAAUAUCAUAAAGCCGAAUGUACUGGUCAGGAUAUACCACGAUGGCAGGGUGCUCUACAGCGUAAGGGUGUCACUGAAGCUGUCGUGUCCCAUGAACCUCAAGAAUUUCCCGUUUGAUCGGCAAACUUGUUCAAUUAUGACGACCAGCUAUGCCCACACUACAGAAGAUAUUGUGUUCUUGUGGAGACAGGGUGACCCUGUGCAAGUGACGAGGAAUCUGCACCUUUCGAGGUUCAGCCUAACAAGUUUCCUGACAAGCUAUUGUUCUUCAAAGACAAAUACAGGCGAGUACUCCUGUCUUCGACUGGACUUGUUGUUCGAUCGGGAGCGAAACGGGUACAUGAUCAACGUGUACCUCCCGUGCAUCAUGUGCGUCCUGGUGUCCUGGGUCGUUCUCUGGAUCAGCAACAAGAACACGGCCGUGCGCGUGUUCGUGCCCCUGGUCGUGCUACUAGUGAUGGCGAUGUUCAUAUCCAAGCUUAACCAAGACGAGUUCCCGCGUACUUCGUACACGAAGGCCGUGGACACGUGGACGGGAGUCUGCCUCACUUUCGUCUUCUUCGUGCUCGUCUACGUCACAGCGGCUGACUACAUCGUCCGCGUGACUCGAGGAGUUCAGGAUGCGUCAGCUUCACCGAGAGACGAGAGCAAGGUUGAGGAAGCGGGCAAGCCGGCUUCUGGUUCGGCCAAGACGUCCUUCUUGCAAUCUCUGAGGGCCUGGAUGCAGCGACCGAGAUCCUUGCCGGAUAAGAUGGACAUCGUGGCGCGGAUCGCUUUUCCUCUGUGUUUCGUACUGUUCCUCAUCAUCUACUUCAGUGUCCACGCAGGGUCGAACGUUGACGAGUAACGCAGGUCUCUUCCGAGUUCCCGAGUUCACCCGGCCGUAUUCAGCCUUCUGAAAUGGCCUUCGCCCUCCCCGCCUGCUCUGCCCUCCGCUGCUACGUUAACUCGUGCCAAACUGCCUCGAGAGUUGGCAAGAAGGCCACAAGAAAUGUUUUCUUUUAACACUGCCUGUAGGCCGGCAUCUAGAACUGAGCAGUAAAUAUAUUGAACCCUAUUUCAA